AUGGUUGCACUUUGUGCUUUCCUUUGCCAUGUCAAAGGCUGCAAAACUGUCCGAUAUGAGAACGGAUUCCUCUCCACGGAGGUUUCCGGAGGCCUCGUGCCACACCUCAGAGACCUCCUUUCCCUCGAAGAAGCCCCCUUCAAAACCUCAGGCUUCAACCCCGGAGAUUUCUUUUCUGAACCCCCCGAAAGCGAAGCCAUCAAUCGCCUUUCGCCCGUCACGGUGUCCGUGAUUCAAAGCGAACAGUACUUGUCGGAAGCACUCAAGCCUUAUUCAUCGCCCUCGUCCCGAUACCGUGCUCAUGACCCGACCUUUUGCGGCGACGAGGGAAUUAUCCCGGCCCACCACGACCUGGCUUUUCGUCUCUCCUUCAUUUUUUUCGGCCGUCGAUUCUCUCUCACCUCUCCGACGAAAGUCCCACGACUGCAUGCGGAAGCAGAACGACGACGACGACGACGACGCCUGCUGGUCGUGACCGGGGAUUUUCCCCUGAAGAUUUCCAGACUCGGAAAUCCGUCUUGUUCGCCGACGGCGCAGGGAAUGGUGUCCUGGAUCAGACACAAGGACAUCCACAUCCUGUCGACAGGGAAUUACAGGUACACGACUGACGAGAGGUUCGCAAGUUUGCACCAUCCGAAUUCCGAAGACUGGACGCUGCGGAUCCUCCGAACCACUCUCAACGAUUCCGGACUUUACGAAUGUCAGCUUUCGACUCAGCCCAUUAAAUCCGUCUUCUUGAACCUUUCAGUAAUAGAGAUCCCGGCCCUGGCACCGAUUCACCGCAUCCCGCGAUCCCUUCCCCCGGCGUCGUCCCGUGACAACGCCACGCGUCUCGACAGUGACGACGUUUCUUGGAGAUCCUGGCCCUUCGGCGUCCGAAAUUCCGUCGCUUUCAUUCAAAGGGACGAACUGACCGCGACUCAUCGACAAAUGCGCUCGACGACGACGACGAGGACCGGAUUGCCUUCAAAUGCGGAUGCCGCGUAUGAUUCCUCGAAUAUUUCUGACGGGUUCAUUUUCCGUCGCGUCAGGAAACACGCCUUUUCUCGCAUUGAUUGCUGUCCGACUCUUCCGUCAUGCAAAUCGAGAGAGAAAAACACAAACCCGAUUCAGUUUCCCGAGCUUUUCACCGAGUUGCUCCUCGAAAAGGAAGGGCUCGUGUCAGAGGCAGAAGAGGCAACACGAGAUCGCCAAGACGGGCUAGAGCCGGAGAACAGUGGGUUUCCUCAAAAAUGUAACUUUGCCUGGAUUGCACUCGGGCCGAAUAUUUUAACGCUUGUGCUUGUGGGGUAUAUAGAAGCAAUUUCCGUGCGGCCCGCUCUCGAGCACCAGCCGAGGCCACGAAUAUAA